AUGGAUAUUCGCAUGGGACAGGGUGUAGUAUUGGCCAUGUCGAUGUGGGUUAGUGGAGUACUGGCUGAAGCUAUGGUAGAUCCAUUUGUGGUUGGUAUGAGCAAUUUGUCAGAACAGGGCAAUAAGGCAAUUGCUGAUGUGGACAGCAAAAAUAAUAACAAGGUGAAUUUGACUAAUUUGAACAAUAAUAGCGGUUUAAAACUGACAGGGCAGAAUAUUGGUGAACAACAACUGAAGAGUGUAGUGGAUGUGUCAAACAACCUGAAGAAUGAAGACACAACAUUGACUACGAUUUAUGUUGGACCGAAUAAGGAGGAAGCUGUUGUGAAGUUGAAGACAGUGACUGUAUUGGAUGACAAGGAUUUGGAGAAGAUAAAAAAGAUACAAGAGAAGGGUGAGAAGAAAAGUAAGGGAGAUAAGGAUAAGAGUGAGAAAGAGGGUGAGAAGGAUAAUGUAAAGAUUAAGGUUGUAAAAGCAGAAGACAAGGAGAAAAAGGCUGAUAAAAAGACUGACGAUGGUAAAAAGAAAGAAGAUGGCAAGAAGGAUGCAGAAAAGAUAGAAGAGAAAUACAAGGAGAAGAAAGAAAAGAUAGAGGAGAAGAAAGAGAAGUUAGAAGAGAAUUAUAAGGAAAAGAAGAAGGAAAUAGCAGAAAAGAAAGAUGAUAAGAAGGAAGCAAAGGAACAGGUUAAGAAGUUGGAUGAGAAAUACAAAGAGAAGAAGGAGAAAAUAGAGGAAAAGAAGGAUAAAUUGGACGAGAAAUUGAAGGAUAAGAAGAAAGAAGUAGUCGAAGCAAAGAAGAGCAAGGAAGAGAAACUUGAAGAAGAGUACAAGAAAAAGAAGAAGGAGUUAGAGGAGAAGAUAAAGAGUCUGAAGGAAGAGAUGAAAGAGAAACUAGAUAAAUUGAAAGAGGUGAAGUAUGGAAAAGAUGACACAAAGAAGGCGUAUGAGAUAAAGAAAGCACAGGAUGGUGUGAAGGAAGAGUAUGGAGUGAAGGUAACUAAGGUAGAGGUAGAAAUAAAGAAUGAGGAAUUCAAGUAUAAGAUGGAGAAGGCAAAGACAAGCGAGGAGAAAGAAAAGAUACAGGAGGAGAAGAGAAAGGCAGAAGAAAAGCAAAUUAAGAAGGCAAUUGAGACUAAGAAGGAAGAUAAGCUAAAGAAGAUGCAAGAGAAGUACGAGAUGGAGAUGAUGAAAUUGGAAGAUAAGAAGAUGGAGGAGACAAAGAAGAAGGAAGCGAAGAAGAAGAUGGAGGAGAAAUAUAAGGCAGAUCUAGAAAUAGAAAAGACUGAUGAUAAGGAAAAGAAAGAGAAAUUGGAGAAGACUAAAGAGUUGGACAAGAAGAUUGAGACUAACGUAGAUAAAAAGACAGGUAAAGAUAAGGGAAAGGAUAAAGAAAAAGAUAAGGGAAAGGACAAGGAAAUUGCCAUUACGAAAGAAAUAGACAUUAAAACAGGACAAACAGAUAAAGAAAAGAAGAUAUUCCAAACUACCAGGGAAUUCCCAUUCAUAAGAAUACAAAUGCCAUCAUCAGAGGAAAAGAAAGACAAUAAAAAUAAGGAAACUGAUAAGGUGGAGAAGACAAAAGAGAAGGAGACCGAGAAGCUUGGAAAGGCAAUUGGUGGAAUGAAGAAGUUGCCAGAUGACAUCAAAGCAAAUCCACCAAUUACCCUGGAGGGAACCUUGAAGAUGAAGAUGAAUGAGAAAAGCGAAGAAUACAAAUUGACAGGUUUCAUGACUAAGAAAUAA